GGAAAACGUUGAAACUCUAUCCGGCGUGGAAUUCAUGAGUUGGCAGAACGCGGGUGAAUUUGGUCUGUUGCUGGCUGGUGGGACGAGCAGCUCGAUGGACGACGUGUCGUGGGACAUUGAGGGCGACCUCCAAUUCCUCUUUGCCACGGAUGUCGAGCUCCAGACUGACCUUGCAACAGUGUGUGACCUGUUGGGUAAGGCCGAGACUGACUCGUCUGAAUCGUCGACAACCGUCAAACGGAAAAGGAAACCCUCCAUGGCCCCGACGGGCGCACGAAAUCCACAUCAGUCCCGGCAACGACAGGAGCUUGAAACUCUCCAGCGUCAGGUCGAGGAACUCAAGGCAAAACUCGAAGUGGUAAAGCUCCAAGCGGCAUUCAAGCGAGAAAUGACUCCCGCGGAAGCCUUGGCCCGACUCCGGCAAACAGACGCCACCAUGGCACUCAAGGAAAACAAACGCCUACGAGAAGCAUUAGAUGCUCAGAAUUCUUUCAUUGGCAAGUUGAGGGCGUGCUUGAGGAAGAAACCGCGUCACGAGCUCUUGACGCAAGACGACUGGCGCGUGUUCAAGUUGGCUGCGCAGAAAUCCCUGCGCGAAGCUGCGGUGUUUGCAAUCGCUGAUCGCCAACUCCGACGAAAGGACUCGGCGUUCAUCAACGCCGGGCUCCUCGACUGCACCGACCCCAAGUACCAUUCACGUACGAUCAAGACACGCAACGAGCAUGCCGUCACGCUAGAAGUCGUCAUGAACUUUGAGCUGGCGGCGCCUCGUGACGUGAUCAGUGCUGCCGUCUGGGACGUAUUCAGCUGUGACUCGCCACCAGGAAUGUCCCCACACUCAACCGUGAUCCAAGAGCGAUUUGACCAGUAUACGCUGUACGAACAGUUCACCGAGGUCGCAUCGGGAGUAACGACCCAUUCGAAUCUGGUUCGCAAGUUUUACUGCGACGACGGACUAGAACACGUUAUCUUGUGGCGAUCUGUGCUGGACGAUGCUCUCGUCCCUGAGAUGGCCGACGGCACUGUCGAGGACGAAUGCGGAUGGUGAGGACCCGUUAUGCUCAACCUCGUGGACCUCUUCCGACGUCGUAGAAACUAGGAUUGUCAUAACUCCGGUCGACACCAAGUCGUGCCGGCUGACUCUCCUCCUCCAUGCAGUCUUUGACCCGACGACACUUCCGCCUCAGGUCCUUAAACAAGUCGACAACCUCACGGUCGAAGCCAUCACAGCGGCCAUCGACAAACUGAACGUGGUCGAAGUACCCCGUAUCAACGACGGCAAGUACCCAUGUCCAACCAAGUCGCAGCCGAGCCCAGAUGUACUUAUGGGCUACGCACCGUUCAUUCAACGAGGCAAUGAAUUCGAAGUCGCUCUGCAUGUUGCUGUGAAUGCCGCUAUCCACAAGUUCCAGGCCGAGAGCGGCCUUCUUCCGGAUUGCGCCGUCGAAGGAGUCGACAAGACAUAGACGAAACCCCCAUCGUGUCGUUCUUAUUAGAUUCAAGAAUAUAUUCUUAUUCAAUCACUA